AUGCGCGGCGGGCGGGAAGGGGGCGGGGCGGGGCUCCCGGCGGGGGGGGCGGAGUCGGGGAAGAAGCCUCGUGGGCGGCCGGCGGGGAUGGCCGUGGCCGUGGCCGUGGCCCCGCCCGCCGCGGGGCCCCGACACCGACACCGACAACCGCACCGCCGCCGCCUCCUCCUCCUCCUGCUCCUCCUGCUGCCGCUGCUGCUGCUGCUCCCGGCCCCGCUCGGCGGACAGCGCGCCGGGGGACAGAAGAAGAAGGAGAACCUGUUAGCCGAAAAAGUGGAGCAGCUGAUGGAGUGGAGCGCACGACGCUCCGUCAUCCGCAUGAACGGAGACAAGUUCCGAAGGUUCCUGAAGGCCCCGCCCCGCAACUAUUCCGUCAUCGUCAUGUUCACCGCGCUGCAGCCUCAGAGACAGUGCUCGGUUUGCAGGCAAGCGAACGAAGAGUACCAGGUGCUGGCAAACUCGUGGCGUUAUUCGUCCGCCUUUUCCAACAAGCUGUUCUUCACGAUAGUGGACUACGACGAGGGGGCUGAUGUUUUCCAACAGCUGAACAUGAAUUCCGCUCCCACCUUCAUGCAUUUCCCCCCAAAAGGCAAGCCCAAGAGAGCCGACACCUUCGACUUGCAGCGGAUCGGCUUUGCGGCGGAGCAGAUGGCCAAGUGGAUCGCCGACAGAACAGACGUCCACAUCCGAGUCUUUCGCCCCCCUAACUACUCCGGCACUAUUGCCCUGGCCCUCCUCGUGUCCCUCGUUGGCGGUUUGCUCUACUUGAGGAGGAACAACUUGGAGUUCGUCUACAACAAGACGGGUUGGGCCAUGGCCGCUCUGUGUGUGGUGUUCGCCAUGACUUCGGGCCAAAUGUGGAAUCACAUCCGCGGACCCCCCUACGCCCAUAAGAACCCCCAGAAUGGACAAGUGAGUUACAUACACGGGAGCAGUCAGGCCCAGUUUGUGGCAGAAUCUCACAUUAUCCUGCUGCUGAAUGCUGCUAUCACCAUGGGGAUGGUUCUCCUAAACGAAGCCGCAACCUCCAAAGGGGAUGUUGGAAAAAGGCGAAUCAUUUGCCUGGUGGGACUUGGACUCGUGGUGUUCUUCUUUAGUUUUCUACUGUCAAUAUUCCGCUCAAAAUACCACGGCUACCCUUACAGCUUCUUAAUUAAAUGAAGGCAAGAGGGAUUUGCAUGCGAAAGAUGUUUUCCCCGAAGAUAAACCGUUCCCGAUCCCAUCUCCUCACGAACGUCGUAUUUAUUUAUCCCCAACCCCCAAAUUGUUCCAACUGGUGAUUGCGAGAUGUUCAGGAUGGCUCGUUAAAUAACUGGGAGUUUUCUUGAAACGGUGGAAACCGUUCACAGUUUAAUUUAUAGCCAUUCAUAGAAUUUUAGAUGUGUAGAUUUUUUAAAAGUCUGUAUGGAGGAGCAUUAGUUCAUUACAGUCUACUCAGUUGUGUACGACUUGAACUGCAAUAUCGUCAUGAAUUCACUUUAUGAGCUGGAUAAAGGAAACCAAAUGCUAGUAAGAGAAACUAA